GUAGGAGAUCAGAUACUUGAAGUGAAUUCCAAGUCUUUCAUCGGGUUGAGCCACGACGAGGCAGUGAGCCACCUAAAAUCGUGGGACAACAUGACCAUGUACCUCCGGCACGUCGGUCGGGUUCCGCAUUCGGCUGCCGAUAACACGUGGUCCUCCAACCCAUCCAGGGACGACGAGGCGGGAGACGGAGGGAAGAAGGAGCCCGUCAUCCGCAGCCCCACUCGUCAGAGCAAAGGAGCGGAAUUCGAGAUGAUCCGGGAGAAGGCCCGCUGCGUCCUCAGCCACACGGAGCACGCCCGCUUGGACUACUACUGUCAGGAGUACGCCGCGGGGUCCAUGGCCGUGGACGCCUUCAUCGCCGUGCUCCUCGAGUUGCUCAAUUCCGAAGAGAAGGUGAGUGAAGGCCGUCUCCCCGGGUGA